AUGCAAGAAGAAACUCGAAGACCAUUUAUCUCACGUUCACUACCGGGUGAACAUAUUGCUCCAAAUAGUCUGCCGACCUCUUUAUCAACAACCACCCCCUUAACAUUUCAAACUCCAACUUCAACUUUGACGGUUCCUGCUGUGCAAACUACUGCUUCUGGUAUGGAAGAUAAUUUCGCAAAACUGAGAAGAACCAGAAGGAGUCUUUCGACUUCAUCGAGUCAAAGUUUACUCAAGAAAAGUCUGUCAGUAAAACCGAAAGCGCAGUCGAAUCAUUAUUUAUUUCCGGCCAACGAGAGUGAUAUUAGUAAUCGGUCCUCCUUCGACGAGUUUGAUUAUUCGACGCCCGGAACCCCCAACUCUGGUUCUACUUCUAGUAGCAGUUCCCUGAACUCUCCUUAUCUGGCAAACUUUUCACUGGGCGGGAACGUAAAUCAUCCUACCUAUCAACGAGAGAGACAUCGUUCGUUAUUUGUACUGUCAGCACAGUCUGAACAUGAGGAUGCACAGCUCCUACAUCAAUCAACGACACACCAGCAACAAUUUUUACCUCCUUCACCUUCCAUUCCACCAUCAGUUUCUCAACAAAAAUUACCUAAUCAACGUCGUCCGAGCGGAGCUACUACUAGUUCACAGCUAAAGCGAUUAUUAUGUAAUAAUCUACCAUCAAACACUUUUCUUUACUCAGAUUCGGAAACCGACUCUUUAGAAGAUUCGGAUGCUUAUGUGACAAAUGAUGAACAACCCUCAUCUUUUACACCUUCACCUGUAAGACGUAGACCUUCAUUUCAAAGGUCACCAACCCACAGAUUUUUCCCCGAUUUGUCAGUGGAUGCUGAGGAAAAUCACCUAAAUGGGUUGCAUAUUAUUGACGAGCGUUCGCCUGAAUUUACAUUUCCAAAAGUGAAACGAAAACUUUUAAAAGACCUCGAAAGGUCAAAAUCACGCGCUGACAAGGAGAUUUUUAAUAUUUUGGAAAAUUGGUAUCAAUCACAUCAAUAUCAAGAACUUUUAAAUGAAUACUUGUAUGAUGGUUGGAGCGACGACGAUGACACACAAACCCCAGUUAAUGUCGAAAGAAAUAGUAUUAACAGAAUUACGAAUAAUUCUAAUUUGAUAAGUGAUACUGAUGACGAGUCGUUAGAAAGUAAAUUUAAAAAAGAUAAUCAGUUUAAAGCAUCUCAAAAAAGAAAUUCCAUUUCUGUAUCUUUACAAGGAAACUCGAAACCAAAGAACAUUAUUAUUCAAAGGAAAGAUUCUGAACGGAGGUUAGGACAUUCAAAUAGUUGGCCACCCUCAAUAUUAGCAUCGUCACAUACUCUUCUGUUGACACGUAUCAAUCGUAUUGCACGAAGAAUUCUCAAGACUCCCGUUCGUGAUCUGUUGCAUUUUAAUGUUGCUGUUGAAAUCAUGAAAGAGUUACAGGAACUCAGAGAAUCACAAAGGAAAAUGGCCGUGGGCAGUGCUGAUGCAGAGGAAUUAUUGACGAAGUUGACUUAUGCCUUCGCAGAUGUGACAAGAGCCGUUGAAGCAUUGAAUCAUUCGUCUGCUGAAAGUAAUUUGGAAAUCCCCGGGGAUAUGAUCGAUAUACCUACAAGUUCGGAGUCAUUUUAUUCCCCUCUAUCUUCACCCUCGUUUCCUUUGACUCCCUCCUCAGAUUCAUCACCGGGUCACUUCCCGCAACAACGAGAACGGCGUAAAUCUGCAGUAUCUAACAUAGAUAGUGAUGAUAGUAAAACGAGCACGUUAUCAUCACAUAAACCAUUUUCAUCCCCGCUUUCUUAUCCGCCAAUAAUGAAUCGUUUCCCGUCUUUUAAGGAUUCCCUUGAGCUACUACGCACUUCUGCGAAUGAGUCGCUAUUCGAAAGUCCGAUAGUAUAUAUACCUCCUACACAAUCAUAUGUCGACGAUAGUCAUCCUACAUGGAGUAGAAAGAAGGUUGACCAAAUGCUCCGUGAGGAGAUGAAUAGAGAAAUUGAUUACGAUAUAAUCCUAAAAAAACAACAGGAAGACCUUGAUCCGGACAAUAAGAAGAAAGCGAAAAAAUCGAGACCAAUGGUAAAUUUCUUCAAAACAUUGAAAAACGCGUUCCAUAGUCCUACGUCGUCGACAAGCGUUUCACCUACCGGGUCUCCAACCCUUUCUGUGCUUCAACAUAGUCCUAUACGUAACGCCAACUUACCCCGUGCUCCACAAGAAAAGACCCGGUCACCCUCAUACGACUCAAAUGCAAUUUCUUUGUCCCGUCAAAGUUCAUCAAUAUCACUAAAAGGUGAUAAUAACUAUAAUAAUUUUAAUUAUAAUAAUGUGGCUCAAAAUGUUGGCAAUAAUUCUGUACCUACACCGGGUUUUCCUUUUCCUCAUGACUAUAUACUGUGUCGUAUUUGUGAGGAGAUGAUUCCUAGCCAUGAACUAGACGCUCAUUCAGAAACUUGUGCCAUUACUACGGAAUUUGCUAUUAAGUUGCAGAAAUGCGAUGUUAGACUUCGACGAUUAGUUGACGACAUGGAGGAGAUUAUGCAAUAUGUAGAUUACUAUAGUAUAAAAGACGUCGAAUUAAUGCAGAAGAUUGGUUCAAAGGCCGCUAAUAUAAAGGACACUUUAAAUCGUGAUGUACUUAAAAAGUGUGAUAAGUACGCGACAAAGCUGGGACGACUAGUUGAAGAUAUGGAAAAAAAUUCGAUUAGAGACGAGAGCGUAUUGACUUGUGGGAAACGGCUGCUUCACGUGGUUCGUGAAAAGAACGAUACGCUUCGUGCUUAUUACCAGAAACUGCGUUUAACUAAUGCAUCCUCGAAUCGUGGGAAUAGCGGACAGAAAGAUCUGUCAUUAUCACACAAACGUCAGGACAGCACUGGUUCAAUAUCAUAUGGUAAGACGCUUUCUGAAGUUGACUCGGAUAAUAACCCACCGGCUCCCCGUGGAGGUAAAAAGCUGAUUUCUCUAUUCGCUGCUGUUUUACGCGGAGGAAAUAGCCGCGCCAGUAAUAAUAAUUCAUCGACCAAGGAUUCCAGUAAUACGGGUGGUGCGCCAAUUACUAACGGAGACAAAGUGGGCGCUAAAACGAAAAUCCCUAGCAUACAAGAUUUUGAAAUCAUUAAGCCCAUUAGUCGAGGCGCGUUCGGCAAAGUGUACCUCGCAAGAAAAAAAACAACCGGUGACCUUUAUGCCAUUAAGAUACUAAAAAAGGUUGAUAUGGUUCGCAAAAAUAUG